AUAUCGAUGACGCUAACUUUCCACGCUAGGUCCUUGUGUGUUUACUGUCCAGUGUUUGCGAAACAUUAAGCGCAUUUACAGUUUAUCAGGCUGAUUUUAACUAAGGCACAAUGAGCAAAAAGGGCAACGUAUCAUGGGUGAAGCCAGCCGAACCAUCUUUCCUGAAGAAAUUCAAGAAUGAUGUUGGUUUCAAAGAAGGGCCGACAGUGGAGACCAAAAAGGAGCAGAUGCCACAGUGUGAUGAUGACAGCGGGGACAGUGACCGAGAAGAUGAAAUGCCGCAGGUUGUGGUCCUCAAAAAGGGGGAUCUGAGUGCUGAAGAGGUUAUGAAGAUGAAAAAAGAUUCAAAGGAGGAAAACACAGAUGAACAGCCUCCAUCUGAUGGAAAGAUCGUCUUUAAGAAGCCUGUCAAGCGCUCGUCUGAUAAAUUCGAAGGCAUUACUGCCAGCUCUAGCAAGAAGAAGAAAAGCGAGGAUGGUGAGAAGAAAGAGCCUAAAGCUGGCGUGAAAGUGAAGAACAGCAGUCUGCUAUCAUUUGGAGGUGAUGAUGAUGAUGAGGAAGACUAGUUUGUCUGCGGUUUCUCUGAGUCAGAUUGCAAAGACCAAUCUGCUUUUUAAAAAAACUAUUUCGUGUGUAGAUGUUAAUACAUGUAAAUAGAUGUUUGUGGAAGUGAAUUCAUGCAGCUUAUUUGUUAAAGCGUUUUGUUAAACAUACGAGUCAUUAUGAGCCUCUUUUACAUUAAUUAUACAUUAUACACAUUUGAUCAUUAAUGAUAUAUUUUGAUGGGUGUGUGAACCAAACAUUGGGUUAAUCUGACAUGCAAAUAUGAUGGAAUAUUGAACAUAGACAACAUUUUAAAGAGGCUCUUUAAUGUUUCAUAGAAAUGAAACUGUCCCGUUGAAAAUGUUCAACAGGAUGUACAUAUAUGGCUUCUAUAAUGGAGCGGCGCAAAUUUGCUUUUAUUAUUCUUUUUUUUUUUUUUAAGCAGAUGGCACCCAAAAUCCCUGAUUCUGGGACUUUGGAGUUUUUAUUAUUACACAUUGUGUUACAUUCAGGGAAAACAUGCAUUUGGGAAUAAAAUGUUUUUACCACCA